CUAAAAAUUUCGUACCAAGUCAGUUCCAAAAUCUCAUCAACUAAUCGAAUUUUUGCAGUUCAAUCCGUCGCUUCGCUUUUGAUUGAUCGAAAUGGCUCGUACAAAGCAAACCGCUAGGAAAUCCACCGGAGGAAAAGCCCCGAGGAAGCAGCUGGCGACCAAGGCCGCUAGAAAGUCGGCUCCGGCUACCGGAGGAGUGAAGAAGCCGCACAGGUUCAGGCCCGGGACGGUGGCUCUUAGGGAGAUCAGGAAGUACCAGAAAAGCACGGAGCUUUUGAUCCGGAAGCUUCCAUUCCAGAGGCUGGUGAGGGAAAUCGCCCAGGAUUUCAAGACGGAUCUCCGAUUCCAGAGCAGCGCUGUGGCGGCUCUUCAAGAGGCUGCGGAGGCAUACUUGGUGGGUCUAUUCGAGGACACCAACCUUUGCGCGAUCCAUGCCAAGAGGGUAACCAUUAUGCCCAAGGACAUUCAGCUCGCUCGUAGGAUUAGAGGCGAGAGGGCUUAGAAAUUAUUAAAAAAAAAAAAAAAAAAAUCACAUUUUGACUCUGUAUGGAACAAUUUCUAGUGGGUGCAAAUAGUAGAAAAUUUUCCGCUUCUGUGAUGUGGGUGUUUGUGUCUUGUUUUUUUAUUUUUAUUUUUUUCUUUUAAUUCAGGGUUGGGUCAUUUUAUAUCCGGGGUUUAGGAUGUGUAGUGGAAGUUUUGAUUCUUGUUCAAACCUCUUGGAAUCUGUAAUUUGGCUUCUUUUUAGCGGUCAGAGAAUGAAAUGCUUCAAUUUCUACUGAA